ACCAUGGCGAACCAACAGGAGGCAGGAAAAAAGGACUCCCUCUCGGGCAUGGCGCACUCUGAGGCGCAUUACUUCAACAGCUACAACCACCAUGGCAUCCACGAGGAAAUGCUGAAAGAUGAAGUCCGAACAAAGAGCUACCGCGAUGCCAUCUACCAGAACCCGCACCUGUUCAAGGACAAGGUCGUCCUCGACGUCGGAUGCGGUACCUCGAUCCUCAGCAUGUUCGCCGUCAAGGCUGGCGCAAAGCACGUCAUUGGCGUCGACAUGUCGACCAUCAUCGAGAAGGCCAAAGAGAUUGUCGAGGUGAACGGCAUGUCAGACAAGAUUACUCUGCUGCAAGGCAAGAUGGAAGAGGUUGUCCUUCCCUACGACAAGGUCGACAUAAUAAUAUCCGAGUGGAUGGGCUACUUCCUGCUGUAUGAGUCCAUGUUGGACACCGUCCUGUACGCGCGCGACAAGUACCUGGCCAAGGACGGCCUGAUCUUCCCCGACAAGGCCACCAUCUUCAUGGCUGGUAUCGAGGAUGGCGAGUACAAGGAGGAGAAGAUUGGCUUCUGGGACAACGUGUGGGGCUUCGACUACACCCCGCUCAAGGCUACCGCCAUGACAGAGCCUCUCGUCGACACGGUUGACAUGAAGGCCGUUGUCACUGACCCCGCCCCGGUCAUCACCCUCGACCUCUACAAGUGCACUGUUGCGGACCUUGCUUUCCGGUUACCGUACGAGCUCAAGGUGCGCCGCAGCGACUUUGUCCACGCCGUUAUUGCCUGGUUCGACAUUGAGUUCACCGCCUGCCACAAGCCCAUCCGCUUCUCCACCGGACCCCACACAAAGUACACGCACUGGAAACAGACUGUCUUUUACCUCAAGGACGUCCUAACCGUCGAGGAGGGCGAGACAAUCGGCGGUAUCCUCGAGAACAAGCCUAGCGAGAAGAACCACCGCGACUUGGACAUUACCAUCUCGUACAAGCUCGAGACGCAGGACAUGCACCGACAGGCGUCUGGCGAGGCACAAUACAAGAUGUGCUAAAGUGUAUUAUCGCAUAUAGCAUGAAGCGAGAAAGAGUUUUUUUUCGGUCUCGAGAACGAGAAAGCUAAAAAGAAAAGAAAAGAAAAGAAAGGGGGACCGGGAGUUUCUCGUUGCAAGGCUUUUUCUUGAUCGAUAGACUUUUUGCGCUUUCAACAACACAUACAAGGCACAAAGCGGCGUUUGAUCGAUACAAGUGUGUUUUUUUCUUCUUCUUUUCUGUUUGUUCCCAUUUUAAGCUUUAAAGCUCUUUCUUUUUUUUGGAGGGGAAUUUCGGUUAGGCUUGCGAAUUUUUUUGGGUGGAUGGAAGGGCAAGGGAAGAGGGCAAGGAAAGGGAAAGGGAAAAAAAAUUAAAUAAAAUCUUAGGGUAGCCAUGAACAGCAAAUGCGUUUUGUUCACAAAACGAGCUAUGUAUGUAGCAAAAGCAGGGACCAAUGUUACGCAUUGG